AUGACAACCGUCAAACACAAAUCCAAUGGCGCGUCAGCCGUCGUGGUCUCCGAAUAUAAAACGGGGUCUGGCACCCUCUCCAGCAACAGCUUCUGGUGUGAGCCGUGCAAGAGAAUCUUCAGAACCUGGCAGCAGCUUCACGACCACAAGGAAAAGAUGAGCGCUCAAGGCAAGCCUAAGCAUAUCCACUGCCAGUUCUGCAGUCUUGACUUUCACACCGAAGCCGCCAAAAUCACCCACAUCCAGCAGGAUCACCCCCAGGAACAAAACCUCUAUUGCACAGGAUGUGGAAAGGGCCCCUUCGUUCGAGUCGGUGGACUCGUAACUCACGUCGAGAAAGAGUGUCUCAUCCUCAGUACCAAGACUAUUGAGGCCAUGCGUGAGGAGAAGAUGGGAUUUUCCCAGGCCCUCACUGCUCUGACCCAAGAGCCUCUCAAGAACAACUACGGAAAGUACAUGCCCGAGAAUGCGGACAAGGGUCUUCCUGAUGCUACCUGGGAGUCAACCGGAAGCAUUCCUGCUCCCUUUACUAUUGAGCAGAGUCAGUUCCCCAGCCUUGGCGAAUCUAGUUCUACCGCGCUCCAGCCCGUCAAGGAGAAGAAAGAGAACAGCUGGAACCAGGGUAAAAAUCUGUUCCCGGAUGCUCCUGCAGCUCAGCGCCCUACUCAAGAGCAGCUCAAGCAAGUCACUGCUCCCAGCGCCAGAACUGCUUAUGAGCUCAUGAGCGAGUUCGACCCCAAACAUCCCAACUUCAACGUGGGACGGUUUUACUCCGAGUACACCCAAAAGUUCAACUGUCGCUUGGGGAGAUGCGGCAAAGCCUUCAAGACAGCGAAGGGACUCAUCGCCCACCUCACCUCUGAGGCUCACUCUACGAGCAAGUACCGCUGCCCCUACUGUCUCAACACGUUUGGAUCACUUGCUUCGAUCACCCAGCAUGUUGAGUCCAACAGCAGCAAGUGCCACAUCCGAGAGUCGGAGCAGUUCAAUGCCUACAUGGACCAGCUUCUCGCCAGCUUGGUUGAUGUCAAGGAGAGACACCCAGAUGGUACCGUUCGCUAUGAGACGUCAAAGACUUUUGGCAAAGGUCCUAGCCCUGGCUCAGACCUCGUUCAGCAGAAGGAAAACCCCAAGGUCAACGGAGGAGACCCCUACGCGGGAAAGAAGAUUCAUUGGUAG